GGCGGAGCCGGGACGGGGCUGGAGGCGGGGGCGGCGCCGAACCGAACCGGAGCGGGAACCGGAGCGGGAACCGGAGCGGGAACCGGAGCGCCCGAGGCUGGGGAAGUCGUGGUGGGGCUCGGCCGGGGCGGUCCCGGUGCCGCCGAGCAGGGGAGGGCCCCCCCCCUCCCCCGCCUCCAAAGGUGCCCGGGACUUUGGGGUCCCCAGGGACACCCCCAGCAGCCGGGGAAGGGGCACCCACCCGCUCCCUUAACCCCACGGUGGGGCCAGGUGGAAGCGAGCACUGAUCCUCGCCCGGGUCCGCCAGGUGCUCCACGGGGGCUGCUCCGAGGGUGCUGAGCCCUGAGGGACAGCGAGGUGCCACCGAGGGUGUCCAGCCUCAGGGGACAGCGAGGUGCCAGCCCCGUGCCAGCGGCCGGCCCCACACCCAGUGCUCCCGUGCCCCCCGCGACCACCUAUGUGUUGCUGAUGCUGGUGGCAGCCAGAGCCCGGAGCUAGAGGCAGAGCCGUGCCCGUGUGGUCCAGGGCGCGGAGCCAUGAAGCUGAACGAGCGGAGCCUGGCGUUUUACGCCACCUGCGACUCCCCCGCCGACAACGCCGGCUUCCUCUACAAGCGGGGCGAGCGGCACACGGCCUACCACCGGCGCUGGUUCGUGCUGAAGGGCAACAUGCUCUUCUACUUCGAGGAGCGCGAGAGCCGCGAGCCGGUGGGCGUCAUCGUGCUGGAGGGCUGCACGGUGGAGCUCUGCGACUCGGCCGAGGAGUUCGCCUUCGCCAUCCGCUUCGGCGGCACCAAAUCCCGCACCUACGUGCUGGCGGCCGAGAGCCAGGCCGCCAUGGAGUCAUGGGUGAAGUCGCUGUCGCGGGCCAGCUUCGACUACAUGCGCCUGGUGGUGCGGGAGCUGGAGAAGCAGCUCGAGGAGAUGCGCUGGGGACUGGCUGCCGGCCGCCCGUGCUGCCGGCACGCUCCUGCUGCCUGGAAGCCGCAGCCCUCGGGGCCGGAGCAGUCCCCGGAGCGGCUGCCAGCUCUGCCCGCCGUGCCGCCGAAGGAUAACGGCUGCGCGGUGUGGAACAACACUCCAGGCACCGACCGGCUGCCCGAUGCCACCAGCUGUGACGGCAGCGAUGAUGACACCAACCCGCGGCCACCGCCGUUGCCACCGCGCAGGCGGGCGUCCAGCGGCGAGCCGGGCAGCACCGGGGCUGCCACAACCGAGAGCUCCUCCGCUUUCUGCCGGCUCCACGAGCGGUACGGCCGGGAGGUGGCCCGGCUGCGGCAGGACUGGCUGAAGAGGCAGCGUGACCACCAGCCCUGAGACGUGGUCGGGCCCUGGCGGCCCGUCCCGUACCCUCGGUGCCACCUGGGAUGCGCAGCCCCUGCGGAUUUCAUUUGGAAACACACACUGAACAAAGUCUGCUGGGAGCUCCUGAUGCUCCUGCGGGGGGGUUAUGCACCCGCGAGGAUUUUGGGGAGGGUUCGGAUGGGUGUUUCGCUGCUGGGGGGGCCUGUGCCGCCUUCCCCACCCUGAUCUCAGAUGAGCUCCCUUGCAUCCCUCUGCUCCGGCAGGAUGUGGUUUGAAGAACGAAAACAUGGGCGCACGCAGGCCUUCCCCAGUGACAGCACAGCACGCAGCGGCCACCACGCAGCCGGUGCCACCGGGGGGCUCGUGCGCUGCCGGCAGCCUUGCAGGGACUGGGGUCCUCCGCAGCACGCUGCUCAGAUUCACCGUGCUCCCGGCCACGUCCCUCAGGGCUUCGGGACGGAUAUUUCAGGGCAGGGCAUCGUCCGUGGGCUGGCUGACAAAGGGGAAGCAUCGCGGUGCCGAACAGGAACGUAUGUGUCAGCGGUGGAGGGUGUCGAGUGAUUCAUGUGCCGAAGCAGAGCGUGGCCACCGCCGGCGGUUCAUGGGUCUCCUGCAGACGUUUCUCUGCUGUUUCCCCAGCGGUUUGCACCAGCACCGACACCACGGGCACAGGGGCAGGGUGACACCCCGGUAUCCAGCUACCCGGUGUGGUGUGUACAUUUAUGUGGAUGGUGUGUUUGCGUUAAUUUCUGGGCACAGCCCUUUCCUGUGCUUCGGACACAAGGGACGGUGCUGCAGCCGGGCGUUGCACCAGCUCCUCCUGUGCUGCCUCUGCUGAAUCCCUCCCCUCAGGGUCUGCCCCCAGAUCUGGGGAAAGAAGCACUGGCAGCACCUGGGGUUUGGCUGGGUGGCUCCGUCUCAGUCUCCCUCUGCCUUCCCAGAACUGGCUCGUGUUUUUCCUACAAUAAACAGUUUCAGAAUUUCCCUCCUA